AUGCACUCGUUUGCCGUCCUCGCCUUCGUCGCCGCCGCCGUGGCCUCCGCUUCUGCCGGAGCUUUCUACGGAGGAGCCGUCGGUUCCUACGGAGGCUACGGACACGGAAUCGCCGCCGCACCGGUCGUGGCUGCUGCCCCCGUCGUUGCCGCCGCCCCCGUGGCCAAGAGUUCUGCCUACGUUUCUAUUCAACACAACGCCCCAGUCGUUGCUAAGGCUGCCAUCGCUGCCCCAGUCCUCACCAAAGCCACAUACGCUGCCCCAGUCCUCACUAAAGCCACAUACGCUGCCCCAGUCCUCACCAAAGCCACCUAUGCUGCCCCCGUCGCUAUCGGCCACGGAUACGGAUCCGGCUACGGACAUUACUGA